CCUUUAUUAAUAUUAUUCACACGUGGUAAGUUUAAUAUUUUGUCAGCUCACAUGGCUGUGUUUGGGUUAAAGUGUAAAUAGACCACACAAGCCGCUCUUCCUCUUCACUUACUACAUUUUUUGUAAGAACAGCUGUACGUAAAGGGACAGGCAUGUUCUAGGGGUUUACUGAAUCGGUGGCUUAUAUAAUUGGUGUCAUCAUGUCAGAAGAACAAAGAGGCAGUGAGAACAGUUCUAACACAAAACCAGCCAGUCAUACUCUAAAACCUAAUUAUAUGCUCAAGUAUACUCUUUCUGGACAUUCAAAAGCUGUUUCAUCAGUGAAAUUCAGUCCAACAGGCGACUGGUUGGCAAGUUCAUCUGCUGAUAAAGUGAUCAAAAUAUGGGGUGCCUAUGAUGGAAAGUUUGAGAAAACAUUGUCAGGUCAUAAACUGGGUAUUAGUGAUGUUGCCUGGUCUCACGACAGCAGACUCCUUGUAUCCGCUUCAGAUGAUAAGACUCUCAAAAUUUGGGAACUUGCAUCAGGCAAAUGUGUGAAAACUCUUAAGGGACACAGUAAUUAUGUGUUUUGCUGCAACUUCAACCCGCAGUCAAACCUCAUUGUUUCAGGCUCUUUUGACGAGAGUGUACGUAUAUGGGACGUUAAAACGGGAAAAUGUCUAAAGACAUUACCAGCUCACUCUGAUCCAGUCAGUGCUGUCAACUUUAACCGGGAUGGAACUCUCAUUGUGUCUAGCAGCUAUGAUGGUCUUUGUCGAAUCUGGGACACCACUUCAGGCCAAUGUCUCAAAACACUCAUUGAUGAUGAUAAUCCUCCAGUUUCCUUCGUUAAAUUCUCUCCAAAUGGCAAAUACAUUCUAGCAGCCACACUAGACAACACAUUAAAGUUAUGGGACUACAGUAAAGGAAAGUGCCUCAAAACCUACACUGGACACAAGAAUGAAAAAUACUGCAUCUUUGCAAAUUUCUCAGUAACUGGGGGAAAAUGGAUUGUAUCAGGAUCUGAAGAUAAUUUUAUCUAUAUCUGGAACCUUCAAACCAAAGAAAUUGUUCAAAAAUUAGAAGGACAUUCAGAUGUUGUAUUAUGCACUGCGUGUCACCCAACACAAAACAUCAUUGCCUCUGGGGCACUAGAGAAUGAUAAAACCAUCAAACUUUGGAAAAGUGAUACUUAAUCCUAGGUUCCAAGCAACAUAAUGAAGCAUUUCCAGUUUCAAAUUAUCCUUUAACAGACACUUAACAUAUUUACAUCUACUCGUGAAGUGUGUUUGGCUGUAAAUGAUGUACAGUACCCCGGUAAAUGGUACUAUGAUGGCUGUAAAUCGUUAGUACAAGUAUGGUUGAAUUACAAAACUGUGAAAUUAUGCAACUUUCUGGAUGUCGUAAUUUCAGUAAUGAUGUGCGUGUAUAUAUAUAUAUAUAAAUAAUUUUUUCAUGUAAGGUAUUUAAUUGUAAUACAAGCCAAAUUUAUGUGAAAAACAUGUUAGGGUAUAGUUAACGUUGUUCAUAGCUUGUGUAAACUAAUUGUGAAAUUACUUUUUUUAUAUAAUAAUUACUGUAUAAAGAGGUUCAUUUUUUAUAGCUGAAACUUUGCAAAUUACAUGAUAUUUUUUAUUCAGUGCAGUACCUACUUAAGAACAUGACAGUAACAUGAUUCCUUAGUUUGAAUUUUAAUUAAAAUUAGGAAGAAUGUAUGAUUUAAAUUCUUUUUGCCAUUGAGAAAUCUUUGUAUGAAAUUGAACCAUUUAAUAAAAAUUGUAAUAUAUUCAAAA